AUGGACAACAAAAAUACCAUCGCUGCUUUGCAGGCUAAAGUUAGAACGCUCGAGCAUGAAGCCGCAAGGAGACAUAGGGAACUUCUCAAGAAGAACGCUCUUAUUGCAUAUCUCGAAAUAAAGCUGGAUAUUGCACGACGCACAGGACGGGAUAUUGUUACGAAGCCUAAUAGAUUUCUACCUAAUAUUCCUAUUUUGGAAAUUGAUGAUUACGGAAAGCCUCUAAUUGCAUUUGAUGACUGGUUGGACAGUAUGCAGGCUUUCCUCUUUGGAGAUGAAGUUCCCAGAGCUUCCCACACUGCAUAUAUUGAAUUCCAUUUGGGUAGUCGACUUUUGGAACGUGUUGGGAAUAAAUACGGAGCAGCAGAGGAGAUUCUUGGGAAAUUGGGCAAAACUUACAGCAGCCCUAGUCGUAGGAAAGCUGUUAUGAACCAAUACGAGGGGUUAGUGCAGAAGGACGGCGCGCCAAUUCAUACCAUUCAGCAGAGAAUUUCUACGACGGCCCGCCACCGAACUCGACAUGUGAAGGAUGUGAUGGUUCGUGAUUUGAAGGAGAAAUUGAAUCGCGCGAUGAAGUUGGCUUUGCGGGCUUCGGAGUGUAAGAAUAUUGACGUCCUAGCAAUGACUUGUACGAUGAUCUGCGCCAAAGCUAGCGGGAUGCACGUGUGA